GUCUCCAUGGCGAGUAAACAACCUCCCCCCCAUCCUGACAUCAGUAUGCGUUGUAGAGAAUUAGCUUCAAAGUCAAAGGCAAAAUCAUCUUAUUUUCAAACAACCUUCAAUAUUUUUAUAUAUUUUAUAACUCCAACUGUUCCAAAGAAAGUUCAAAACAAAGUUAAGAAAUGGUUUACAUCCAACUAAUUGACACAAACAAAAAAAUGUAGGCAUGUCAAAAAAUGUGUCCUUGAAAUAUCAUUUGUUUUGGAUGCAUCUGAUUCUAUUAGCCCUAUAUUCUUUAAUGAAGAAAAAUUAUUUAUUAACACACUUGUAAAAAAAUAUACUAUUAGUUCUACAGGAAACAAAGCAUCUGUUGCACUAUUCUCAAACAAAGCAGUUGAAUCAAUUUACUGUGAUCAGUAUCAUGAUGAAAAAUCAUUCAGUGAAGCAGUUUUGAAGCUUGAGCAAAUAGGCAGAUAUACAAAUAUUGAAGAUGGUAUAGUUAAAGGACAGGGUUUAUUAACAAAACGAGGAUGUGGAAGUCGACCAAAUGUCAUUAAAAUUUUGAUUAUUCUAACAGAUGGCAAUGCUAACAUGGGAAUUUCUCCAAUUCGUGAAAAUGGUCCUAUUGAUCUUGCAAUUGCAGCAAAGGAAGCAAGAGACUCUAAUAUAGCAAUUUAUGCUGUUUCUAUAGGGAGAAAAAUCAACAUGAAGUACUUACUAGUUAUAACAAACAACUCAAAUAACAUUAUUAAAUCAAGCAGUUUUGAUCAUUUGCUAAAAACAAGUCUUUUAUCAAAUUUAUUUCCAAAAUGCAUAUUCAGUUCAAAAGUGAACACAAGCACUACUUUAUUAUUAACAAAUCGUUAUACAACCCAAACUACUAAAGCAUUUGUUUCAAUGAUGACAACAUCAGAAAAAACAACUAAAACAUCACCACCAAACUUAUUUGAAACAACAAAUACUUUAGCAAAUAAUAUGGUCAUAUCAUCUAAAAGACUUUCAACAUUAAAGAGGUUUAAAACCAUUUCAGAAACCACAGCGUAUAAAGCUGAGUCUUUUGGUUCAAAAGCUGAAGACCUACCUAACAAUACCACAUCAUUCAAAAUGGCUCUUUUUACUAAUGCUGUUUUAUAUAAAUCUAAAGAAAAGUCACCUAAAAGGAAAGAAAUAACUAUUUCUAAUAAAAUCAAAAUACCAGCAACCUCAACAGCUGAAGCUUUCACUUCUACUGAAUCAUUAGUCACUACAAAAAAAGCAGUUAACAAAAGUGCUGAAAAACUAUUUGAAUUGACUUCUAUACCUCCCGCUAGUUCUCUUUCUAAGCAAUUCACAGAGCUAACAACAGGAUCUGAAGCAACAAGUUCUAAAAUUUUAACAAGACCUGUAAAAGUUGCAACUUCAACUAACACAGAAAACAUUUCUUUUUCACUAGUUUAUACUGGAUCAGAACUCCAAACCCCUUCUAAUGAGCCAUUUUUUACCACAGAAGAAGCUGUGAACAUAAGCACUCAAACAUUAUUUGAAUCAACUUCUAUAACUGUAAAUAAUUCUACUUCAAAACAAUUCCCAGAAGAGCCAACAUCAGCAUCUGAAGCAACAAAACCUGCAAAAAUUACAUCUUUAUCUAACAAUGAAAACAUUUCUUCGACACUAGUAUUUACUGGAUCAGAACUCACAACCCCUUCUAUUGAGCCAUUUGUCACAACAGAAGAAGCUGUGAACACAAGGACUGCAACAUUAUUUGAAUUGACUUCUAUACCUCCCACUAGUUCUCUUUCUAAGCAAUUCACAGAGCUAACAACAGGAUCUGAAGCAACAAGUUCUAAAAUUUUAACAAGACCUGUAAAAGUUGCAACUUCAACUAACACAGAAAACAUUUCUUUUUCACUAGUUUAUACUGGAUCAGAACUCCAAACCCCUUAUAAUGAGCCAUUUGUUGCCAUAGAAGAAGCUGUGAACAUAAGCACUCAAACAUUAUUUGAAUCAACUUCUAUAACUGUAAAUAAUUCUACUUCAAAACAAUUCCCAGAAGAGUUAACAACAGCAUCUGAAGCGACAAGACCUGCAAAAAUUACAUCUUUACCUAACAAAAAAAACAUUUCUUCAACACUAGUAUUUACUGGAUCAGAACACACAACCCCUUCUAUUGAGCCAUUUGUCACAACAGAAGAAGCUGUGAACACAAGCACUGCAACAUUAUUUGAAUUGACUUCUAUACCUCUCACUAGUUCUCUUUCUAAGCAAUUCACAGAGCUAACAACAGGAUCUGAAGCAACAAGUUCUAAAAUUUUAACAAGACCUGUAAAAGUUGCAACUUCAACUAACACAGAAAACAUUUCUUUUUCACUAAUUUAUACUGGGUCAGAACUCACAACCCUUUUUAAUGAGCCAUUUGUUACCACAGAAGAAGCUGUAAACACAAGCAUUCCAACAUUAUUUGUAUCAACUUCUGUAAAUAAUUCUACUUCAAAACAAUUCCCAGAAGAGCCAACAACAGCAUCUGAAGCAACAAGACCUGCAAAAAUUGCAUCUUUACCUAACACAGAAAAAAUUUCUUCAACACUAGUAUUUACUGGAUCAGUACUCACAACCUCUUCUAUUGAGCCAGUUUCCUUAGAUCUAACAAGAUCUCAAAGAGUUUGUAAUGGUUUUGGGUCUUUUGACAGUUGUCGUUGUUUGUUUAACGUAACUUCAUUUCCGAAGCUUGAUCUGUCUAAAUCUGAUAUUGAAUCAAUGUUUAAUGGUACAUGUUUCGAUGAUAAGUUGUUAGCCUCUAUUAAGUACAUUUCUUCAAUAAUGGGAUCAAUACUUUUAAAAAAGUACAAUUUCAAAACUUGUAGAGAUGAAAUUAAAAAUAACAUUAAAAAAAGUGGAAGUUGUGUUGACUUGUUGUUUGACAGAUUCGAGGAAUGCACUGUCAUCAUUAAUUGUGAGAUAAAAGAUAUUUAUGAAAAAGCAAAACAGUCUAAAAUGUUUUUAGAAAAUCUUGUUAAAUUUUCAGAAAAACGCUUUGAUAUUUUUACAGGCAUAAGCAACUUCAUAAAAUGGAUUGGACUGUAAAACUAAUCGAGAUUUCCAGACAUCCAGGUUUUUACAUACAUAAUGACAUAAACUCAAGAAAUCGACAAUAAAGCAAAAUAAGAGCUAUUAGUGGAGCUAUUUAUUGU